GCUUGAUGAACUCGGUUGUGUUGAUUUUCUCUCUGCCGAUGGCAACAUCAACAUCUAGCGAAGAGGCACAAAGCUAUACGUCGAGAGCGACAAUGAGCUUGGAGAUCAAGGCAGAAGCGAGACGCAUGAGCGAAGUGCAAACGCGCGUCUUCACGCGAUGGAUCAACGGACGUCUAAUGAAGAAACAGCACAGUACGUCUUUGGGUAAUAGGAAGGAUCAAGAUUUGGCUCAAAUUGCUCCAAUAUCGUCAGGAAGGAAAGCAGUGCUCGGCUCAACUUUGGACAAAGUGGUGGCACUGGGUGACAUUUGAAUUGGACCUGUAAACAUUAAAAUCAAUCGGCGUUGUGAUAUUUUGUAUUCUAUUUGCAGCUACAUGUAUGUAACUUAAUAUUUGAAUUUAAGAUUAAUACUAUUUAUAAUCUACUU